CAGUAGAAAGUAGAAACAAAAAUCAGAAGCCAGAUCGCCUCCUCCCUCUAAUCUCCGGCAUCCUUCUCUCUCUGUCUAUAUCUCCCUCUCUUUCCAGCUUUCUCAAGAUUUUAUUCCACAAUGGCGGAGAAUAAAACUAUGAGGAAACCAGUUUUUACCAAGGUAGAUCAGCUACGGCCUGGUACAAACGGUCAUAAUCUCGUUGCCAAAGUGGUUAGUUCUAAGAUGGUAUUACAAAAGGGCCGUCCAGAUGGACCCCAAGUGCGCCAAAUGCGAAUUGCUGAAUGUUUGGUUGGAGAUGAAACUGGGACAAUUGUCUUUACUGCCAGGAAUGAGCAAGUGGAUAUGAUGAAGGUUGGAGCUACAAUAAUUUUGCGCAAUGCAAAAAUUGACAUGUUCAAAGGGUCGAUGAGGCUUGCUGUGGACAAGUGGGGUCGAGUAGAAGUAGCUGAACCAGCCAGUUUCGUAGUCAAAGAAGAUAAUAACCUCUCCUUGGUUGAAUAUGAACUUGUCAAUGUGGUAGAGGAAUGAUGAUUCGAAUAUGAUCCCCUUUGCUUGCUGGAAUCAAAUCAGUGAACCUGGCAUGAUACAGACAUUGUGGUUUUAGGAGGUUGGCAAUUGAUAAUACGUUGUUCUUCUCCAAAUGCUCUUGUUUUGCGUGAUGCGAAUGGAAUUUCUGGUUAGGAAGAAGAUUCUCGUGAGGUUAAUUGCAUAGGGGGGAAAAUGUGAUCAUAGCACGAGUGCUAUCAGGGCAGCUGGUCGUAUGAAAUGGUGUCCUUGCACCUUUGGUGAUUGAUCGUUAUAAUGAAUUGGGAUAAAGAAGUUUUUUUUUUUUGGUUUUUUCAGAUAGCAUGGGCCUGAAUCUUGUGCAAUACAUGAAUUUUAAAUUUUGUAAGUUUGUUGUGUGCCUUUUUAUACUCCUCAAUAUAUCUGUUCUUGUAUACCUGAAUUUGCGCCAGGGAUGCAUUUGGCUGAGUGCAGGCUACCAUGUAGUUAGCAA